CCGUACGUCACUAGCGGAAGAAGAAGAAAUGUUCGUGUGUUCGUGUGUUGUCGUUUAGUCGCCGCAUGUGGACAGUUUUCAACCUGUGGGAUGCUUUAAAGCAAGAACUGUGUCUGUCCAGGAAAUUGUCUGUUUGAAAGAUGACUGCCCAGGAAGUGCGUCUGUGUGGUCUUCUGCUGCGUGAACACUUUGGAGAGGUGGUGGAGAAAGUGGGAACGCACCUGCUCAGGAGUGGAACACAACAUUUAAGAGCCAUCAUCCAUGAAACUGGCAUCUCAGCAGACCUGGUAAAGAAGUCCUUGUGUGUGCUUGUGCAGCAUGGGGCCUGUGUGUUCAACUCAGGCCGCAAAGGACCUGGCAGCCCGACAGAGUAUCACUCUAGCUGUGACCGGAUCCUUAGAAUUCUGCGCUACCCCCGUUACAUUUACACUGCCAAAACCCUGUACGGCGACACAGGAGAGCUAAUCAUAGAGGAGUUACUGCAGAGAGGCCACAUGACGAUGAGCAUCACGGUUAAGACAGUUGCAGACCGCCUCACGCAAAACAUGGAGGAGGGGCGCAGCAUGGAUUACAAUGAAGUGACGUCCACCUUUUCCAAACUGGUGGAGACUCAUUUUCUUCAGCGUUGCCCUCCGUCGACUGGAGCUCGCACCACUGAUAGCGCUACUCCAGCUACAGGUGCCACUCCUGCCACUCCUUCCGCUCCUGCCGCUCCCGCCGCCCCAGUCUCCACCGCUCCGCCCACACCAGAAAGCUUCCCUGACUGUUACAAGGUACCACACGUGACGCUCAUUGGACGGGGCAAACGUCAGCUCGCCACCGAGGAGGGAGAAGAGCAAAGGAACGCUAAAAGGGCCAAGAUGGAUUCAGAGACACAUGGCGACGAGGGGAUCUACUGGCAGGUGAAUUUUGAGCGGUUCCAUCUCCACUUCAGAGACCAGGCUAUCAUCAGUGCUGUGGCCAACAAGCUGGAUCAGACAAGCAGUGAAAUAGUGAGGACCAUGUUGAGGAUGAGUGAGGUGACCACCUCUCCCUUAGCCGCCUGCACAAAGCCCCUCUCAGCCAAUGAGAUCUUCAGAUCCCUUCCUGCCAGCUACAACAUCCCCAGACCCAUACUAGACCAGUACCUCACUCUGCUGGUGGAUGACCCGAUGGAGUUCGUUGGCAAGGCUGGUGAAAGUGGAGGAGGGAUGUACGUCGUCAAUCUGCAUCGAGCGCUGGCCAAUCUGGCGCGGGCCACGCUUGAGUCUGUUGUACAGGAGAGGUUUGGCUCCCGAUCAGCUCGCAUCUUCCGUCUGUUGCUACGGAAACGUCAUCUGGAGCAGAAGCAGGUGGAGGAUUUCGCCAUGAUUCCAGCCAAAGAGGCUAAAGACAUGCUGUACACGCUGCUUUCACAGAACCUGGCCCAGUUACAGGAAGUCCCAAAGACUCCUGACUAUGCUCCUUCUCGCACCUUCUAUCUUUACACCGUCAACCAACUCCCUACGGCCAGAAUGCUGUUACAGAACUGCUACAAGACAGUGGCCAACCUCAUAGAGCGACGUCUGUUUGAGACCAAAGAGAGCAAGCGCCUGCUGGAGAAAUCCCAACGAAUUGAAGCCAUCCUGGCGUCUCUGCAGGCCAGCGGGGCCGAGCCUGAACAGCUGACCGAGGUUGAGGAGAUGAUCACUGCUCCUGAAAAGCAACAGCUGGAUUCCUUAAGGCUUCACAUCAACAAGUUAGACUCGGCGGAAAACCAAGUAGAUGAAACCAUCUUCCUCCUAGAGUCCUACAUCUACUCCACUGCAACAACCACAAGUUGAGCCAGGAACAAUGUAGUUCACCCACUUUCUGGCACUUCAGAGAACUUUAUCAUUACAGUUUGUGUGUGGAUGUUGUAAAGUAUGAUUGUUUUAUAGUUAAUAUUGUGUUUCCGUUUGAAGUGGAAUAAAAUCUGAAUAGAUUUUUUUUUUUAUUGCAUGUGUCAGCAAUGAAUACUCAGAACAAGAAGAUCUUUGAACAGUUUUAAUUUCAUUAAAGGACACGUGAACUGUA